AUGGUGAAUGCUGAUGACUCCCUGGAGGUGAGUACAAAAUGCCGUGGUCUGUGGUGGGAAUGUGUCACAAACGUUUUUGAUGGGAUCCAAACUUGUGAUGAGUACGACUCCAUCUACGCCGAGCAUUCUGUGAAACUGGUGCUGACUCGAGCCAUGAUGAUAACAGCAGACCUCCUGUCAGGAUUUGGAUUUCUCUUCCUGGUCCUGGGACUGGAUUGUGUGAAAUUCCUUCCUGAUGAGCCGCUCGUCAAGCUGCGCAUCUGCCUGGUGGCUGGGGUUAUGUUGCUCCUUGCAGGUCUCCCUGGCAUCACGGGCUCUGUGUGGUACGCCGUGGAUGUCUACGUGGAGCGCUCCUCUCUGCUCUUCCACAACAUCUUCCUGGGCAUCCAGUACAAGUUUGGUUGGUCCUGCUGGCUUGGCAUGGCGGGGUCACUUGGCUGCUUCUUGUCCGGGUCCCUGCUCACCUGGUGCAUGUAUCUCUUCAGAGAGAGCAGUUCUGGAAGAUUCCAUUCUGCCUACUCCUUGAGGAAAGGCUAUUCCUCAGCUGCGACUGUCGUAACCAAUGUGCAUUUGCCAUCCUCACAAACAGCCACCUCCAAAAUGUAUGCAGUGGACACAAGGGUGUGAGGAGGAGCAUUAAUUUCUACACUAUUGGUGGAAGUGAGAUAAAUCAGCCAUUCCUGAAUCAGACUGCAGUGUUCUGCAUGAAGACCCCCAAACUGCAAGAUGGAUCUGUUCCAUGUCUGGCAAUGUGUCAACAGAGUGUACAAAGGAGAAAAUCCUGCCAAAGGGAGGGACUGACUGCCUGACCAACAUCUGGACCCUGUGCCCUCAGCAGGGGGGUCUGCCCCUCUCACAGGCACCUGGGGAGCUUUUUAAGAGAUAAGAGCUGUGUUAAAUAUCUGACCCUCUCUUUGGUCCAUGAGUCUGCACUGAGAAAUGAUUGUAAAUGCAGGUGCAUUCUUGCCUGAAAAAUACAGUCCUUCUCAGUCAGUGUUAAAAGGUGCAGUACUAAACUCGGUGAAAUCUGGAAAUUGCCAGCUUCAUUCUGCUUAAUAAAAACAUUGCUUGGGCAAA